CUCGUCAACAUCUGGCCUAUCCUUACAAAACCAAAAUCCGUCCACAGAAAGUCAUAGACAACGAAACCCUCAUCCCAGUAUAUCCUCGGAUAAAUCUGGCGGAUAACUUCAACCAUCGGGAUGUGGGCGCGAACUGCAUUCAUCCGACGGGCCAAUCUCCGCAUUUACGAACUAUAAAAUAUCCUACUAUUCCGUAUACGAGAUAUCCAAAGAUCAUAGCAAGCAUACUCACUCCUCAGACAGCAUACAAGAGACAAAACAGCCAAAAUGACCUCUCCCUCCUACUCUGACCACUUCUCCAUCCACAACCUUCCCUACGGCAUCGCCUCCUCACCCUCCCAUCCCACCCCACAAUGCGCAACCCGUCUCCACAACACUGUCAUCUUCCUCUCCGACCUCCAAUCCGCUGGCCUCUUCUCCUCAAUCCCAUCUCUCCCCGAGAACAUCUUCUCCAACACCACCCUUAACCCCUUCGCCGCCCUGCCCCGUAGCACCCAAACCCAAGUCCGCCAUGUCUUGCAAUCCAUCCUCCAAACCUCCUCCACCUCCUCCCUCCCCGAAUCCAGCACUGCAGACAUUACCACCGUAACCAUGCAUCUCCCCGUGUCUAUACCUUCUUUCACCG